AUGGGCCCAGUAGGUGCGGAGGCUGAUGAGAACCAGACAGUGGAAGAAAUGAAGGUAGAGAAGUAUCAUCCAAGGCAAACCACUCCCAGAGGUGAGCUGGCCCCCGACCCUGAGCCAGAGCUGAUAGACAGCACCAUGCUGAUUGAGGUACGGAUUAUCCUCAUAUUAGCCUACUGCUCCAUCAUCUUGCUUGGGGUCAUUGGAAACUCUCUGGUGAUUCACGUGGUGAUCAAAUUCAAGAGCAUGCGCACCGUAACCAACUUUUUCAUUGCCAAUCUGGCAGUGGCAGAUCUUCUGGUAAACACCCUGUGCUUGCCAUUCACUCUGACCUACACCUUAAUGGGGGAGUGGAAAAUGGGUCUCAUCCUAUGCCACCUGGUACCCUACGCCCAGGGACUGGCGGUACAAGUGUCCACCAUCACCUUGACAGUAAUUGCCUUGGACCGACACCGUUGCAUUGUCUACCACCUGGAGAGCAAGAUCUCCAAGAGAAUCAGCUUCCUGAUUAUCGGCCUGGCCUGGGGCAUCAGCGCCCUGCUGGCCAGCCCCCUGGCCAUCUUCCGCGAGUAUUCAUUGAUUGAAAUUAUUCCCGACUUUGAGAUCAUGGUCUGUACAGAGAAGUGGCCCGGCGAGGAGAAGAACAUCUAUGGCACGGUGUACAGUCUUUCUUCCUUGUUAAUCCUGUAUCUUUUGCCUCUGGGCAUCAUCUCCUUCUCCUACACUCGUAUCUGGAGUAAACUUAAGAACCACGUGAGCCCCGGAGCUGCCAAUGAUCACUACCACCAGCGAAGGCAGAAAACGACCAAGAUGCUGGUGUGUGUGGUCGUGGUGUUUGCGGUCAGCUGGUUGCCUCUCCACGCGUUCCAGCUCGCUGUGGACAUUGACAACCAAGUCCUCGACCUGAAGGAGUACAAGCUCAUCUUCACCGUGUUCCAUAUCAUUGCCAUGUGCUCCACCUUUGCCAACCCCCUCCUCUAUGGCUGGAUGAACAGCAACUAUAGAAAGGCUUUCCUCGCAGCCUUCCGCUGCGAGCAGAGGCUGGAUGCCAUCCACUCUGAGGUGUCCGUGACAUGCAAGACUAAAAAGAAUCUGGAAGUGAAAAAGAACAUUGGCCCCCAUGACUCUUUCACAGAGGCUACCAACGUUUAAGGAAGCUCUGAUUUGAAAAUCUGUAGAUGAAUUCUGCCCAGAGCUAUAAAUCUGGUUGAGGAGGGCUCUCGGGUGCAUCCUGAUUUCCCACUUUAAGGAAGAAAAGGAGAAUCGGAAUGGAAGCCUUUGCAG